AUGUGCGUCGACUACACGACGAUCAACAAGGUGUGCCCGGGGGACCCCUACCCGCUGCCGCCCAUCGACCAACUGAUCGACGCCACCGCCGACCAUGAAACACUGUCUUUCCUGGACAUGUUCUCAGGGUACCACCAAAUCCCAAUGUCGCGCGAAGACGAAGAGAAAACAGCCUUCAUGACGCCGUUCAGAAACUUCUGUUUCGUCGGAAUGCCAUUUGGGCUGAAAAAUGCUGGCGCAACAUACCAAAGGAUGAUCGACGCGGUGUUUUCACAUCAAAGGGGGCGCAACAUUGAGGCAUAUGUGGAUGACCUCAUCGUCAAGACCAAGGCAGGGAAAUCACAUCUAGAUGACCUGCGCGAGACAUUCGAAGCGCUUUGCAAACACAGUCUCCGCCUGACCCGCUGA